AUGGCUGCACCAAGCAGACCAUAUGAGAUCCCACCGGUGCUGGUACACCGUAAUGUUCCAAGGAUGGCAGCUACGUCCAUCGUAGUUGAAGGUCAGGAUGGAAAGAUUGAGGAUACGGAUUCGCGCAGAGGCGCGACAAGACUUCAACAAUCGGAUGCGGACAUGAACGGACGGUGGGAACGACCACCGCCAACAAACCAACCCACCGGAAUGGAAGAAGAGUCGACUUCGCGAUCCGAACAGUCCUCACCUUCCGCCAUACCGACACCUGCCAAUACUCAAGAAACGACCUUCCAAGUUCUCUCUGCACCUUCGCUAUCGAUGGAUGCCAGCUCAACUAUUCUACCUGAGUUGGUAGAGUCUACCGCCAGACCUUCCCUUGCCGUUCAGGUAGAUGUCAGUACCAUGAAUGGAACCAGCACCAUACAAACGGCUUCAACUACAGUGCCAGCAUUUCUGGCAGACUCUGGCGUAAAGAUAAACGAAGAAGCGCUUCCAGGCAUGAACCAAGGUGACCCUUCGUUGGUAACGGUUCCUGGAAUGAAUCAAGAAGCUCCUCUGUUGGUGACCGCACCUAUCAGAACGCCUCUCGCGACCCCUGAGAGUUCGCUGGUAAUCUCUUCAACUUCCGCGAUGACAGUGGAUAAGCCUAUGCCGGGAAAGAACCAACCGAAGCCUACAGUAGACGCUGCAGCAGCCUCAUUGACGACUCUAAGUGACUCCAGGCCAACGAAUGUACCGACCUCAUCAACGCCUUCGUCGACCACGAGUACAUCCAUCUCAACUAUCGCUGAUGUUUCUACGAUUUCUUUCUCCAUGCUGCCGACAUUGGCCAUCUCUACUCUAUCGUCUACAGAAUCUUCAACGACGACAAGCUCUCCAGUACUGUCUCCUGUUCUUACUUUUGUCACCAUUACACGAACAGCUCAAGGUAAAGAAGAUGCUCAAACGUCCACUCAGACCGUCCCCGCUCCAUUAGCUGUCACUGCACCACAAUCGCUAUCCUCAUCAUUCUUGACGUCCUCUCUGGUAGUUGGUUCAGCCAUACCUUCGAGCCUGGCUACCGCUGUCAGUGUCGAGCCGCAGAGCGGCUUGACUCCUCUAGCAAGGUCCUUGUUCAUUCUUUUCGGCGUCCUGGGCUUUAUCACCAUUCUUAUCGCCUUGGGUAUACUCUGGGUGAUGAGAGCUAAUAAAAGACGCGCCCAAGCAGCUCGACAACAAGCCAUUCAAACUCCUGUCCAGGAAACCGGAGAAUACGAUAACUACGGAAACACGAUACGCAUAUCCUCCAACAACUCCAUCAAGACGUUCCUGACGGAGAGCGAAAAGGCCAUUGUAAAUCGUGCCGCUACGCCAGACGGAGGCACAGAUGCAAGCGCAAAACCGUCCAGCGCCCUCACCGAAGCUAUCAACUCUUUCAUAACCAAAUCGCGUCGCCUAACUUACAAAAUAUCGCCUUGA